CUUCGGAGAGUUAGAGCUUGCCGCGGUACACCCGCAUGUGUCUUGCAGUACAGCCAGCCACAUGGUGCAUAAUUUCUGCAAUCUACCUGUGUAUGACUCCACAGUCUUUCUCCUACCCCAAGGUCCCACAGGUCCGACAACCACAUACCCACUGCCUGGCUGCACUGCCAGAAAAGACAAUGCCUCGCGCCAUUGCCGACUGGUGGGUGUGCCGCGUUAUAGGCUCUGGUCUGAGAGCGGCCAAAUUUUUUUUUUUUAAACCAGCCCCUGUUUUGAAUCCCUCUGUAGACCCCAGCCCUAUGACGUUUUGUGUUUCAUUCACUGAGCCCACUGGGCGAUGCGGCUGUUUACUUCUCUCGGCUUUGAGCCAACCGCGGCACCGAAAGGGGCACGCAGCCGUGGACUUUGUGGCCGCGCUUAAUGCAGCCUGUGUGUACUUUUGUAGUUCAAAGAACAGCAUCUCUCCACAGUGCUCACACGAGAAAGAGAGGGACUGGCACGGGGCUGACAAGGGGAUGGAGAGGGGUUAAAUGAACUGAAUACCGAAUCGGCUGCAGGCCCUGGAGGCCGGAAGCUGUGGGUCUCAGUCACUCUUAGUGCCGCGGAACGGUUGGUCGAUGAUUAAUGCGUAUCGGUUUGUCUAGUCUUUAAGACCCUUCCAAAUCGACUAUCAACCACAUCCGAAAUCGCCUUUAACCCUCCCCCAGAAAGCAGAAGUCGGGGGCCUGUGUUAUAUAGGGGUCUUCCGGUAAGCCCUGUACCCUCUCCCCUAUCUGCACGGUAACGGCCGCGGCAACCACGGGGACUGCGUAGGGGUCUUCGCUUGAUUUUUCCGCAGUGCACCGCCGAGAUCCUUAUUUCUACUGCGUCACCAUCCACAUAAACAAGGCGAGCCCUGACUGCAUACAUCACACUAGGCCACCACUAAGACCCCCCGAAGUACAACGGGGAACGGUGGAAUAUUGAAGGGAUUUACCGGAGCUAUUCUUCACAAACAGCAAACAAAAACAUAAAAAAUAAAAUGAAUUAAAAUAAAACGACUCCGGAGCAUUUUUAAAAAACAAAUUGCGCGUUCGCAUUUGGCAGCCCCUCACCCUUUGCCCCUUCUCUGCUCUUCCGGUGGGCUCACGCCCACCUGUCGCAUUUUUUUAUGCGCGUGUUUCUAUCCCUUUACAUUUAUCUUAAAGGCUCAUUUUCCCGACUGGGAGCUGAGUAUGCGUAAUUGCCUGAGUCUGGGGUCUCCGGAUAAGGGGUUUGCCGCACACUGGGGUAAUCUUGGGUAAUAACGCCCUCCUGCAGUCCCUCCUCCCCCUCGGAAAGAACCGGAUGGGGAGGGAGGGAUUCAGCGCCUGUGCUCUGACAGACCAAUGCCCACGCCUUACGUCACGUGUCCCAGCAACGCAGGAGAGCGUGCUCUCUCUCUGGCCAGAAGAAAAGCGAGCAAGAGAGCCUCAGCAUCAGUCCGGGAGAGAAGAGAAAGGAGUCGAACGUCCCUGUCAGGCCUGCGUUUAUCAGCCCCCUUACCCAAAGUCGGGAACGGCUGGCACUGGGAGCCAGCCUCCCGGAGCCGGCUCAACACUGAGACCGGCGUCCUCUGGCGGCUGAGAAAGAGUUUUGCUAACGAUUUUCGAGACGAAUCGGCACGCUCUGGAAUGCCAAGAGGGCGGGGCUAAAGUUAACAAAGUAAGAAGAAAGAAGAGAAAAAGCCUCCGCGUGGCUGGCGGACCGCAGUCUGAACGGAUAAAGUUGACUAGGAAGUCUCCAGGCUCUCCCAGGAAGAAAUAAGUGACUUCAGCCAUGGUUUGGGGUUUUUAGAGCCUGAGCACCUGUCUUUACAAAAGUUGGAAACUGAGGCUGGAGAAUUUUCCAGCCAAUUCUUGAAUUUUUUAAAAAAAAAAUUUUUUUCACCCUAGUUUGGCUGGGUGCUCCGUCUUACGGGGCCCCAAAUUUAUUUUGAAAAACCGCCAAAGUGUUAUGGGCAUGCGCAACUGCCUCCACGGCAACAAUAUGCCAGGACAACACAAUAUCCCCGCUGAAGUCGGCGAGCAGCCCGAGCAAGAACCUUUGGAAGCCGCAGGGGCAGCUGCCCCCGGUGCUGGGCCUGGCCCAGCCGAAGAAAUGGAGACCGAACCGUCUGACAAUGAGCCCGUCGCCGACGAGACUAGCAAUGAGGUCCUUGGAACCCCUGAAGUCUCCAAAUCUGAGUUCCAGGGCCUCAACCAGGGCAUCGAGGAGGUCCGAGUGGGUGGAGACUACAGCCCACCUCCAGAGGAAGCCAUGCCAUUUGAGACCAAACAGUCCAGCCUCGACGAUUUCUGGCCCACCUUGGAGCAGCUUGGAACAUCUGGGACCCAAGCAGGCAUCAAAGCCUUUAAUCCAGCGCUUUUGGAGCCCAGGCCCCCCAGUGGUGAGAACCCAGGCCUGGGAACCUACAGCCCCCCACCAGAAGAAACCAUGCCAUUUGAGUUCAACGAACCUGCCCAGGAAGAUCGGAGCCAGUUGCGCUUGCAAGUCCCAGACCUUGCUCCAGGAGGUCCGGAGGCAGGAGUCGUCAAAGCUCUUCCCUCGGAGCCCGGGAACCUCAGAUCUGCAAACGCUGGCUUCCGAGACGACUACAGUCCUCCACCGGAAGAAUCUGUGCCAUUUGGGCUUGAGGGAGAAGAAUUUGGGGGCGAUAGCCCACCCCCAGGACUCCCCCGCGUCAUCCCACAAAUCGGCAUUGGCGGCGAGUUCCCGGCAGCCGCGGUCCCGAGGGCGCUCAGCCUCGCUCCCGCCGAGAACGCGCCUCCCCUCUGGGUCCACAGCGCCAUUGACAGACCAUUCAGCGAGGCUAUCAGAUCUCCUCCUAACUUCGCAUGCGACAGCCCCCCAAUGGAGAUCUCCAGACCCCCGCUUGAGAUUGGCAGAGCCUCCACUAGGGUCGACGACGACACCACUGUCAAUAUGGACGGCCCCCCAAUCGCAAGUGAUGGCCCGCCCAUCGAAGUCUCCGGAGCCCCAGAUAAGAGCGAGUGCGCAGAGAGACCCCCAGUUGAGCGAGAAGCAGCCGAGAUGGAAGGAAGCCCAACCACCGCAGCUGCGGAGGAAGGAAAAGUCCCUUCUCCGGAGAGAAGAGACGGAUCCUUCGCCGAGCCAGAAGCCAUGGAUGCCAAGCCAGCCCCUGCUGCCCAAGCCGUCGCUGCCGAACCUGAACCUGACGCCGCCGCCACCAGCGGAUCUCCUCCGGCCCCAGCAACACCCACGGAUCUCCAGACCGAUUCUGAACAAGAAGUCGGAGCAGCCCCUGCUGUCCGAGCUGAGCCUGAAGGAGGGGCAGCCCCGGUCGCCCCAGCCACCCCUGCCGAGCCUGAAGACGACGGCGGAGCAGCCAGCGGAGUUCCAGCAGCCGGAGUUCCAGCAGCCGAGCCAGCCUCCGAGGCAGUCCCUGCCACCAAGGCCGAGUCUGCCUCCGGGGCAGCCCCUACCGCUCAGGUGGAGCCCGCAGUCGCGGCAGUCUCUGCCACCCUGGCGGAGCCUGCCGCCCGGGCAGCCCCUAUCACCCCUCCGGAGCCCGCUCCCCGGCCAAUCCCCACUGCCAGAGCCCAUCCAGCUGCCGGGGCAGUCCCCGGAGCCCCAGCAAUGUCAGCCUCCGCUAGGGCAACUGCCGCUAGGGCAGCCUAUGCAGGUCCUCUGGUCUGGGGAGCCAGGUCACUCUCUGCUACUCCCGCCGCCCAGGCAUGCCUUCCUGCCCGCGCAGCUGCCGCCGCCCGGGCAGCCUCUGCUGCCCGGGCAGUCGCUGCAGGCUACUCAAUCUCUGACGCCCGAGCAAUGGCUAUCGGCAGAACAAUCCCUGCCGCCCCAAGCAGGGCCCACCUUAGGCCCCCCAGCCCCGAGAUCCAGGUGGCUGAUCCGCCUACUCCGAGGCCUGCUCCGAGGCCAUCCGCCUGGCCAGACAAAUACGAGCGUGGCCGAAGCUGCUGCAGGUACGAGGAGGCGUCGUCCGUCAUCUGCGAGAUUGACUCCUCUAGUGAUGAGUCGGAAGAAGGGGCCAACGGCUGCUUCCAGUGGCUUCUGCGGCGAAACCGCCGCCCCGGCCAGCCCCGGAGCCACUCGGUCGGAUGCAACCCAGUGCGCAACUUCUUCGCCAGAACCUUUGGAAGCUGCUUCGGUCUCUCCGAGAGAUCCCGUUCCCUCAGCCCGAGGAAGGCCAAGGAUCCUUUCGAGGAGAGGCGCAAACAGAUGCGCAAAGAAGCCAUUGAGAUGCGAGAGCAGAAGCGCGCAGAUAAGAAACGCAGCAAGCUCAUCGACAAGCAACUGGAGGAGGAGAAGAUGGACUACAUGUGUACGCACCGCCUGCUGCUUCUAGGGAGAAAAGUGGUGCCGAGCCACACUGAGGGUCGUUACCGGCCGGAGGCCAGCGCCAGAGCCAGCGAUCCUAGGCUGGACAGGCGGGGGCGUGAGGUGAGCCCGGAAUUGCUGGGGUGGGCCCUUCGGGGCUCCCCCAGUUUGAUGUUUGUGACCGCGGUGGGCUAGGGCCAUCCGGGUGCGCGCCCCCGCCUCGCCUGGCUGCUUCGACUCAGACAGCUUGUUGUUGGUGUGUGUUGGUGUCCAUUUUCUGUG